AUGGUGGAGAAGGAAGAGACGGCUGUGUUGGUGGCGGUGGUGGAGAAGGAAGAGAAGGCUCUGCUGGCGGCGGUGGUGGAGAAGGAAGAGAAGGCGCUGUUGGCGGCGGUGGUGGAGAAGGAAGAGGAGGCGGCAGGGGCGACGGCGGUGGGAAUAGGGGGUGGGGUGAUGGCGGAGCCGGCUGUGGCGGCGGCGGUGACGGAGGCGGAGGCCUGGGCGAGGGUGGCGAGGGAGAGGGCCCACGCUGCGGGGUCGAGGUCGGCCGCCUUGGGACGGGGGGCGGGCGCAGUCGCGGCUGUGGGAAUCGCGAUAUCGGGGGAGGCGAAGGCAGAGUGGCAGAUGGCGGCGGAGACGGAAGCACCACCAGGGGUGAUGGCCGGGGAGAGGGCUGGCGAGGUGAUGGUGGUAGCGGUGGGGCUGGAACGGGUGGCGGUGGCAAGGGCGAGGGUAGAGGUGGUUGAGGUGAUGGCGGUCGCGGUGGCAAGGGCGAAGGUAGCGGUGGUGGAUGCGGCGGCGAUGGUGGCGGCGGCUUCGGUGGUGGCGAGGCCACAGGCCGCGGCGGUGAAGGCGGUGGCGAAGGUCUUCGAGGACCACGGGGCCGCGGGGGAGACCGUUGAGGCGGGAUUCGCGGGGGUGAGGGUGAGGACGGGGAAAGAGAGGCUGGCGGCAGCAGGGCGAAGGGAGAUGGUGGCUGUCUUGGCGGGGGGCCCGGUGGCGGUGAUGGUGGUGAAAACAAGGGAUGUGGUAAUGGUAAUGGCGGCGGCAGCGGUGACAGGCUCGGCGGUCGUGGCGAGGGGUGAGGUGGUGGAGGCAGAGGCGGCGAGGGUUGCAAUCGCGGAGGCGAUGGUUGUGGCGGUCGCGGCGGCGGUGGGGUCGGCGGUGAGGCCGAAGUAG